GUGAUCUCUGAUCACAAAACAUGAUGAGGAGAGUUGCUAUUUUUCUGCUACUGAAUGGACUGCUGGCCAUUGGACAAGGCUGGCACAACAACUUUGAUGAGCCUCUGAGUUUUAAAUGUCUUGCAGGGCAGUCAAUAUCCUCCAUCAGGAGCGAACACAGCAACUAUCAUGAGGACCGGCAUUGGGAUUUAAGCUGUAAACGGACUAACAAGCCGAAUGCAGAGUGUCACCAGUCAGCUUACGUCAAUGACUUUGACAAAGCCUUCACAUUUGAGUGUCCAGAAAAUUAUGCGAUUGCAGGAAUGAGCAGCUACCACAGCAACUACCAUGAGGACAGACGCUGGCAGUUUUACUGUUGUAAAGUGGUGUGCGCUUCUGGGGACAGAGCCUGUCAAUGGACAACAUAUGUGAACACCUUUGAUGAGUACUUCCACUGGAAUGUGCCUCCUCACAGCGUUCUGGUUGGUGCUGAAAGCUACCAUCAAAAUUAUCAAGAAGACCGACGCUGGAGGUACAAGUACUGUGUCAAACCAUGUCUGUAAGACUCUAUGAUCUCUCAAGGUUUAAUGAACCUCUGAAAUAAAAGCAAG